AUGUGGCGGCGCACAUACCUUACUCUCGUCCUUAUCAGGCUGUGGUUUGCGCUUUCACCCAGCUAUCUACACCCGGAUGAGAACUUCCAAGGCCCUGAGGUCAUCGCUGGACAAAUCUUUAGCUAUCCCGUUCGUCACACAUGGGAAUUCACGAGCGAAAACCCUAUCCGAAGCGUCUUUCCGUUAUGGCCUGUCUACGGUCUUCCUAUGCUUCUUCUCCGAUGGCUAUGGAUCGGCAAUGGACAAGAUGGCGAGAUUCCACCUAUUGCAGUUUUCUGGACGUUGCGCGUUCUCAUGUUUGCCAUCAGCUUCGUUCUUGAAGACUGGGCGUUGCACGAGUUGAUCCCCUCGCCGAAGCACCGCCGUGUUGCCGUUCUCCUAGUCGCAUCGUCCUACGUGACUUGGACCUACCAGACACACACGUUCUCAAAUUCAGUAGAAACACUUGUUGUUGCGUGGAGUCUUGUUCUGAUCCAGCGAGUUGCUGACCCACGGUGUUUGGUGUAUUCAACCGAAUCACAUUUCCAGCGUUUCUUGUCGUCCCAGGCCUUCGAUUGCUUCCAGUAUUCUGGAAAAGCUGCAGCAGUGACAACUGUCAUCGCAAUCGGUCUAGACACCGCAUUUUACCUGCCAGAUUCUGUCACAUGGACCGACUUGAUCCAUAGACCAGUGAUCACCCCUCUUAACAACUUCAAGUACAACUCAGCAACCGAGAAUCUGGCCCAGCAUGGCCUUCAUCCUUGGUACCAGCACUUGGUGGGGAAUUUACCAUUGUUGCUGGGCCCAGCUGCCGCGUUAUUGGUAAUCAGGCCCAAGCUCUCCAUUCGACUCUGGUCUGCAAUGUCUGGAUUAGUUGUUUUAUCGGCGUUCCAGCAUCAAGAAGCGAGGUUUCUACUGCCGACAGUACCGCUAUUUCUGUCAUCGAUCAGAAUGCCUCGAAACCAAACAGUUUUUUACAUCUUUACAGCAGUUUGGAUCGGCUUUAACCUUGCUCUUGGCUCAUUGAUGGGAAUCUACCACCAAGGAGGAGUGGUGCCGGGGCAGGUCUUCCUGAGUCAGCAACCAGAUGCGACUCAGGCGAUCUGGUGGAAGACUUAUACACCGCCUAUCUGGCUUUUGAAUGGCAAGAAUGAAUUCUUGACAACUCGAGACGUUAUGGGUCUCAAGGGUGAGUUACUCCUGGAGCAACUCAGUCAACUCGCUACAUGCGACACUCCCGCCGACAGACGAAACCAGGAGUAUCUGAAGGAGAAGAACGGCACAUAUCUCAUCGCCCCAGCAUCAGCGACGUGGCUGGAUCCCUACCUAUCUAACAAGGGCUUGGAGGGGCUACGAUUUAGAGAGGUUUGGCGUUACAGGAAACAUUUGAACCUGGAUGAUUUGGACUUUGGGGACGAUGGCGUUUGGGACACCCUGGCCAGGGUUAUUGGGCGACGGGGGCUCGUCGCUUGGAGGGUAACAAAAAGUUGUCCAAAGUGA